AUGGCCAACUUUCCCAAGGAGUCUGAGCUGCAGCUACUCCGGUCACAUUCGCCACAAGAGCGGAGUCACACGUCAACGGAAAGAGACAUCCUCUUUGCGCAGGAACCAUCCAAUGAUCCUAGAACCCGCACUUGGACUAUCUCAGUCGGCCUUGUCAUCGCAUCGGCCAUCUUCCCUGUUGUCGUCUUCAGUCUCUGGGUUGCUUCGCCUGGUAUAAAGGAUACAAUUUUCAUGACGUUUUCUGGGGCACGAAUUGGUGGAAAGUUCAGUCAACCGGAAGCCAAGCUUAUCGACGUAGCUUGCAGUGCGGUUCUGGCACCCUUGAUCAUGACCGGACUCAAUUUCCUCUGGUUUGGCAGUGCUCGGGUUUCUACCUUCAACGAUCAGCGACCCUCAGAUCGUGCCGGGAUUCCCCUCUCAACGUUGGUGGCAGUAAGCACUUCGACGAGCGGCACCUACGAUCCGCUGAACAUUCGCUCCCUCCUCCGAGGCAAGACUCAUAGGCUCUACCUGUUGGCAGCACUCACUUUACUAUCGGCCUUCUCAAAGACAGCGCUAUCCAACCUCAUUGCGUAUGAGGCCUUUCCAGAGGAACAUGCAAAUCAACAGAAAAUUGUUCUCCGAUACCUCUCAGACCGCGCGAUCAAUUCCACCUCGCUGAUGCAUCAAAUCUUUUCCAUGGAUCCUAAAACCGCAUUUGGAUUCUCAAGGGAACAACAAGCAGAUAUCGCGAGCCAGGUCACUGGACUUUUGACCGGCUUGAGUUUCGUAAGUGCAAGAACAUACCUCAACGACAGCACAUACGUCUGUGUGAACUCAACCGAGAACGCCAUGGACAGACUGCCGCCGAAUGUUGUUGGCCUGCACCAUGUUCCAGGAUUCCGCCUCAGCGUGGACUGCAUCCCUGACCUGCCCAGUAGCGUGAACAUUUCUACCAGUGGACCGUACACCACAGUCAUCUCCACUCUCUGGGACAAUGCACCACUGCUUGAUGGGUGGGAGUCACGCAAAUUCAACGCUCGGUACUCAGGUCUUCCGCAAGAUAUGCAAGGCAGCAUGGAUGACGAGUAUCCAUUUGCGGCGUUCUCUAUGGACGCCACCGAAGUGUACUUGGGAAGCCUGGUACCUUCCGACAGGAGCAACAGGACAUUCUUCUCACCAUAUGGCGACAUCAGACCCAAAGCGAUAGACAUGAAGAGCUCCGGAUUUAAUGGGACGAAAGCUGUCAUGUCUGUUUACGGAAUACGAUGUGCACUUCGACGUCAAGAAGGAUUUCUUGAGUACAUGCGAGCGUCUGAUCAGAGCUGGUCAAUAUCUACAGCAGAGUUCUCAAACAAGAUGCAGAAAGUGCCGUCGUUUCUUGUGCGAUGGCAGGUCAUUCUCAACUACCGUUCUCCCAGAUCAACUGUGGCGGGAAUAGGGCCUGCUCUUGCCAAGACUGCUGGGUCGAAUUUCGACGGUCAACCAGACUGCAGCCAUAAUGACACGAACUGCUACUACAAUACCACAGAUUACUCGUUGCUGGCUCUCAAUUACCUAUACGCGUCGGCCGAAAUCAUGAAAAAGGUUUACGAAGUUGCCGCAGCAGAUAAGUCCCGAGACGAGCCGGACUUCUCCUACCACUGUUACAACACUAUCGUGGAGGAUCGUUAUCGCAUCACGUACAUCCCAGGUCUCCUGCUCACUGGCCUGCGCUCGGAGUUUUCGUCAAGUGGAUACCUUACGGCUGAUUGUGGACAGCGUUGA